AGAGAGAAGAGAGAAGAGAGAAGAGAGAAGAGAGAAGAGAGAAGAGAGAGAGAAGAGAAGAAGAGAGAAGAGAGAAGAGAGAAGAAGGCGAAAAGAAGGAAGAAGAGAAAAGAGAAAGAGAAGAAGAAUAGAGAAAAUAAAGAAGUAAGAAAAGAGAAGAAA